AUGAAGGCAGAACCAGCUGGGGGCCGCGUGCUCCUCCUGCUGCUGCUGCUGGCCGCGGUGCUGACGGGAACCCGCGCUGAUCCUGUGCCCAGGGCGACCAGGCUCCCACCAGAUGCCAAGGAUUGCCACAGAGCCCGGUUCAAGUCUCUGUCCCCGCAAGUGCUGCAGGCCUUCAAGAAGGCCAAGGAUGCCAUAGAGGAGUGGUUGCUCAAGAAGGAGGUCAGGUGCAGCUCCCGCCUCUUCCCCAGGGCCUGGGACCUGCAGCAGCUGCAGGUCCAGGAGCGCCCCAAGGCCUUGCAGGCUGAGCUGGCCCUGACACUGAAGGUCCUAGAGAACAUGACUGACUCAGCCCUGGUCCCCAUCCUGGACCAGCCUCUUCACACCCUGCGCCACAUCCACUCACAGCUGCGGGCCUGUGUGCAGCCUGAGCCCACAGCAGAGCCCAGGCCUCUGAGCCGCCGCCUCUCACGCUGGCUGCACAGGCUCCAGGAGGCCCAGAGGAAGGAGACCCCCGGCUGCCUGGAGGCCUCUGUCACUUUCAACCUCUUCCGCCUGCUCACCCGGGACCUGAAGUGUGUGGCCAGUGGAGAUCAGUGUGUCUGA